AUGGCUUUGUCCAACAUUCCGCCCUCACACCAUCUCUCCUCGAACGAGGAAGUCCGGAGAUAUGCCAAGUCGACCAAGGAAGGGAUCUACCCGCUGUCGGAAUCUGAGGUUGAGUGGAGAGACCGGUACGCAUUCCUUGAAAGAAAUGGGCUUCAAUUACAACCACGCUACCAUCUGGAGUGGCGCCCUUCGUGGCUGGAGACGGGGGAGAGCGCAGGGUAUUGCGAGGAUUCAGCUGAGUCAUGGAACCCAGACACAAUGGAUGCCACUCAACUCGGUGAGCCCUUCGAGAUGUUGUCGAUCAAGUCCGUGAAACGGAAGUGGCCCGAAUUCGCAAUUGCUUCGCAGUUGUCCAACUUUGCAACGGACCCUAGUAAUCACUGCGUUCCUAUCCAGAUGCUUCUGGAUGAUCCUCUCUAUCCUCACAAAGUCCUAAUGGUCACGCCGUAUCUCCAUCCUUUUAACGAGCCCGAGCUUUCAUUAGUGCAUGAUGUGAUGGAUUUCGUGAAGCAGACACUCGAAGGUCUACGUUUUCUCCACGAUCAUAAUAUUGCGUACCGGGACUGCAACUCCAGAAGCAUCAUGAUGGAUGCCCGUUCUCUAUAUCCACAAGGCCACCAUCCGAUCAACAUCAACAGUGUUCGCAGCGGAUUCGAUAAAGCCCUUCAUUAUGAUCGUCUGCACCACCCAGUCAAAUAUUACUUCGCUAACCUAAGCAAGGCCAGGCAGUUCCAACCCGGCAGGAAGCCGUACGUGGUUUACAAAGGGGGCGAGGACAUAUGGCUACCAGAAUGGUCCUCUAAGCUACCGUACGACGCCUUCAAAGCCGAUGUUUACCACCUGGGUUCACUGUUCGAGAGUGCCUUUCUUCGCGCUGACGAGGAUUUGCAGUGUCCAGAUUUGCGCGAGUUCCUCGAAUACUUCAAGUUCCUCGUGACUGCGAUGACGUAUCGCCAGCCCAAGGAGCGCAUCACAGCGUCCUACGCACUCUUCAUGGCCGAGAAGAUCACCUCCCUUAUACCCGAAGAGCAUAUGAGCAUGACUCUCUGGAAAACACCUAUUUUACGAUCUCUGCACAGAACUGGCUAG